AUGGCGGAUGAAAAUGAGUUAAGAGAGCUUAUAAACCAAGCCAUAACAUGUGAACAUCCGCAUGUUUACGGUACAGUGAAUUUAAAUCGUCUUCGUGAAGUUUUAUGUCUCUUGGUAUCGGCACGAAGGACGUGCGAAAAACCGUCUUACAUUGCGAAUCUCUCGGACGAAUCACUCAAUGAAGAAACCAAGUCGUUUCACGGAAUUGUUCGAGAAAUAUCCAAAGAAGAGGUAGCGUGUAGUUCAUCGCAAAAUGUUUCCAAUGCACUAACAAGUCCGUCUCAAGAACUAGACCAACAGCAAGUGGAAGAAAAUUUGAAUUCUCCGUGUCGAACGCUCUCACUGAAAGACGUGGAACAAUCUUGUACAUUGUUCUCCUUGCAAAACAUUGUGUUUGAAAUUGAACAGGUUAGAAGAAAGGUCUAUGAAAUCGACGAACGUGUUGCUAAAUUAGAAUUGAAAUCACCUUUUGGGAAAUGCCAGUGCACGUGCACUCGUGAUGUACUAGCAGUAGAUGCAAACACUUUAGAAAGUAAUUCAUCCCUCGCAGGUGAAAUAUUUUCUCCAAAGCCAUCAAAAACAGACGUUAGUGACGUGAUCUUUGAUGUUGAACGGGGUGUGUCAUUCAACGAUGGAGAAGACCUACAGACGACGUGUGAGGUGGUGCUAUCAGAAGUUGCUCGUGGAAAUUCGAUCCCAAAGACCGCUUUAUUCCAGCCAGCUGGGUCGGUUUCGAAGGACUUUAAAAGCUACAAACCGUUUCCCACAGGCGUCGUUGUUUCUGUGGAACAGGAUAAGGGAGGUGUAAACGGUCAGCACAUAGAUGAAGAAUCAGCGUUCUCAGUAUCAUCACACGAUACGGAACGCAACGAGGUUGUACCCAAAUUUGAUGAGCUUGUGGCCACUGUGGAUGGUGUGGUAGAACGGGAAAAUAUGUUCUUAGAACGUCUUACCAACAUUGAAAAAUUGAUGUCUGCCUACAUAGAUGAGUUGUACAUCCGCCUUCAGGACGAGAAAUGCGUCGCAUCUACAACGAUUUCUGAUAACAUUGCCAGACAACAAAACAUUGUCCAGAAUGUACAGGAGGAAUCUGGUAUGUCAAUUGGGCUGGAAUCUGUUCAUCAGAAACCUAAACGUACAGAAAGCUUGCUGGAGGCAAAUGUACGCUCGAUAAUUGACGAACUCCAAAAAGACAUUCGUUUCUUAAAAAUAGCUUUUAAGCGUUUGAACAUUGCUGCUGGUGGUAAGAUAAAUGCGGAGAUAAAAAAUCAUAUCCAAUGUAUUUCAUGUAACUGUGCUGCGGCUAUGGAAAUACACGAGGAGCUCAUUCCCACGCCGAUUCCUUUGCAUACGAGACGGUGCGUGAAACCGAUAUUACGCCAGCAGCUACAUUGGUUGGAAAGGGAGUUGAAAUAUUCAACAAUUGCACCAGUGAGCAUGCAACCCUAUUAUCAACUGUUGAAGAAAAAAAAAAUUGAAAGCUCUGCAUAUGAAAGCGUAAAUUCACUAGCAUCGUCAUGUUUGGAUCGAUGGCGAUGA